UGCUCCUCUUCGUCAAACAUCUUCUCAUCUCCUUUUUUCCCAAAACCCACACCCCAACUUUACAAAAAAAACACAAAAAAACACGACUUUCUCUUUCCUCCACUCUCUAUCUCUCUCUAAAAAACGCAAAAUUCUGUUCAUUUCUCUGCAAAAAAAAGAGCCGAAAUCUUAACGGAAAAAUUCUGUUCAUUUCUCUGCAAAAAAAGAGCCGAAAGCUUAACGUUGUGCUCUUUUCGUUGCUGCUAUCAUAUUUUCAUGGUAGUGGUGAUGGAAGAGUUUAGGGUUCUGUUGUUUUGUUACAUUAUCUCCUCUUAAUUCACACUGUUUUUUCAAAUUGACAUCAAUUUUGAAGCUCUAUUAAUGGCGGGUGUUGGUGAAAAUGGCGCUUCGGCUUCGUCUAAUGCAGACUGGAGCGCACCAGCUCCGAGUCCGAGGUCUUUUAUCUCUACAUUUUUUGGAGGAGACGAUUCCUCAUCUGGGAAGCCUUUCCUGCUCGGUCUAGAGAGGGAAAAGGGCGAGAGAGAGAGCUUUGAUGGUGGAUUCUGGCAGAGAUCUGGUUUCUCUGGCAUGGGGUUCCGGAAAGAGUCUAGUUUUUCGGGCGGAGUUGAUGGAAAAGGGAACGAUAGGGAAAAGGGAGGGAGUCUCAUUGAGAGGAGAGGGAAUGGAGGGGUCCCAAGAAUUAAUGUGGCGAGGUUCAGAUCGCUUAGCCCUCUGUCUUCUCCUGCUGUUCAGUCUCCUUACCUUACAAUUCCUCCGGGUCUUAGCCCCACCACCUUGCUUGAUUCUCCGGUACUUCUCUCGAAUUCAAAGGCUCAACCUUCCCCAACAACUGGAACUUUUCCAUUUCCACCUCUCAGUCAAAAUAGUUCAGAAUCAGUUGCAGCUGCGUCUGAUGCAAAUAGGGACGAAGAUAUUGAUGACUUUGAUCCUUCCUCAUUUGUUUUCAAGCCUCAUGUAGAUUCAGUCUCGGUGUCUUUCUUGCAAGAUGCAAUCAACCAGGCCUCUGUCGACUCAAAUCAGGCUCAACCUGUGGCAGGGUCUGAAACCCAUUGUCAGAGUCAAUCUCAUGGACAACCACAAGCGGAAAAUGAAUAUCAGGCAGCUUUUGUAAAAUCAACACUGCUGAGCAAUAGCACAAGUGACCCUGUGCCUCAUCCUGAAGCUCCCAACAUUAGGGUUGAAGAAACCAACUGCAUUUCCCUUCAAGGUGGGCCUCCUCCUGGUGUGCCUGUUGAACAAGUUCCUGAGCACCAUCAUCAACAAAUUGUAGAGGAUUUUGGGGGGCAGCAAAUUUUUGAAGGAGAUUCGAAAGCAGCAUUUCCUGCCACCAUGGCAGGAAGGCCAUCAGAAGAUGGAUACAAUUGGAGAAAAUAUGGACAGAAACAGGUUAAAGGUAGCGAGUAUCCUCGAAGCUAUUACAAAUGUACUCACCCCAAUUGUCAGGUAAAGAAAAAGGUGGAACGUUCCCAUGAUGGUCAGAUCACUGAAAUCAUUUACAAGGGAUCCCAUAAUCACCCAAAACCUCAGCCAAAUCGUCGCUCAGCUGUUGGAUUAGGGUUUCCAGGUAGUGAGUUUUCAGAUAGACCUGAACAAGCCCAAGGUUCUCUUGUCAAAGUUGAAGGGGGCUCAGUAUGGAGGAGCUUUCUGGGGUCUGUUAAAGACAAGGGGGGCACAGAGUGGAGGGGAGAUGGCCUUGAGAGGACUUCUUCUGCCUCUGUUGUAACUGAUAUUUCAGACCCAUCUUCGACUGCUCAAGCGAAACAGUUUUGUAACCUUGAUUCUACGGAUACUCCUGAGCUUUCAUCAACGUUACCCAGCGAUGAUGAAGACAGGGCUACCCAAGGAAGUGUAUCUCAUGGAGACGAUGCUGAUGAAGAGGACUCUGAGUCUAAGCGAAGGAAGAAGGACAGUCUUCUGAUUGAAACCAACUUGGGCUCCAGGGCUGUACGUGAACCAAGAGUAGUUGUGCAAACGACUAGUGAAGUUGAUAUUCUUGAUGAUGGAUAUCGCUGGCGCAAAUACGGGCAGAAAGUUGUUAAAGGAAAUCCAAAUCCAAGGAGCUACUACAAAUGUACCAAUGCUGGAUGCUCAGUCAGAAAACACGUUGAAAGGGCCUCCCAUGAUGUCAAGUCUGUUAUCACCACGUACGAGGGCAAGCACAACCAUGACGUACCCGCUGCUAGGAAUAGUGGAGCACACGCCAGCUCUUCUGCCCCUUCUAACACGGGCACCGCCACCUCCUCUUCACCCCCCCAAGUUCAACCACUUGCACCUCCCAUAGUCCCGAAGCCUGAGCCCCAACCCCAAGACCUAGUCCCUCGUUUUGGGAGAGCACCUGAAUUGAGCUCUAAUUUCAUGGAAUCACAUACUCUCCCUAGCCUUAAUGGUGAUAUAAAGCUUGGGGUUUCAACCAGUUAUGACAUGAAACUUCCUCCUUUGCAAACUAUGCCUUUAAGCACUUUCGGGAUGGGCAUGGCCCAUGGCAAUGUGCAUCACUUUGGACCCACAUUGCCCAACAUUGGCCCCACACCAAACUUUGUGGGGCCGUUUCCUAUCAACAUGCGUAGACCUCAGAGUGUUGGUCACGGGUUUAAUGGUGCAAAGCCAAUGCAUGUGCCCAUGCCCAUGCCCAUGCCCAUGCCUAUGACCAUGGGUUCUGUUCAAUCUUAUGGGAUGCAGCCUAAAGAGACCGAGUCAAGGUUCUUGAGACCGAAGGAAGAGCCGAGAGGAGAGCCCAUGUUUGAGGGGCGCUUGCCUGUUGGCCAUGGGGCAAAUGGGUCACCUUCUGUGUACCAUAAUCAUCAAAAUCACAAUCAGACUGUGGGGAGGUUUCCUUUGUAAAUAUGGUCAGCGGCUUUAGGAAUUUGGAGCUUUCUGGCCACUGUGUAACAUUAUCUUAUACACAAUGUUUUAUAUCGGCUGCAGCGAAAGAAGCAAUCUGUACUUAAAUCAUAUGUUGUAAUGGAUUGUUUCCUUGGUUA